ACGCUUGACCUUGUUUUUGUUGAUGUUUGACUGGAUUGCGGCUGCGCGCGGCGCUGUACGUUGUCGGAUGACGCGUUUUGUCAGGAGAACAACGGACAGAGAGAGAAAGAAGAUAGGUGAAAAGUGUGAGCUCGGUGCAGGGGAGGGGCAGCAGUACCCUCGUAGCUCCUCCACACAGACGAAAACCAAACAAGCCUGCCCUAAAUACGACCUAAAUCCAACGAAUCGGUGAUCGGCCACUGGAACGGAAUCGGACGGUUAUUCGAUUCAGAACCGUCCGACUCGACUCGGCUGGAUUCGAUUAGUCGCGCCGCUUCACCAGCCCAGAGGCCGCCGAAACAACCCCAUCGCCAUUAUAUGAUACACUUCCCAGCGUCGCUGCUGCCCUCCAUGUGGGUGAGGGACCUGUGCGUGUCGGGCUAUGGCGAGAAAAACAGUUAGCAGGAAAAGGAAAGCAGAGGAGCCCAAGGAACAACAGUUUGACUGGUGUCAGUCUGCGAUUAAGCGUGCCCGCGUGUCCAGCUCAGCGCGUCAUGCCCAGCCCUGGUGGCAGAGCCGGCAGUCGGUGGUGUGCUCUGUGAGAGGAAGGGAGUUCCGCCCGCAGCAGCAGCAUGAGUGGAGCUUCCAGCGGAGCCUGCGCGGAUUCGCUGCCGGACGCAUCCCAGGAAUCCUCAGAGAGAGAGAGUUCUCCCUCGGCCGCCUUAACAAGGUGUUCGCUUCCCAAUGGCUCAACCACAGGCAGGUGGUGUGCGGGACCAAAUGCAACACGCUAUUUGUGGUGGAUGUCCUCUCGGGACAGAUCACCAGGAUACCCAUGCUGAAAGACAGAGAGGGAAGGGCAGAGGUUUCCCAGGGUUUGAGUGGAGUGGGAGGCAAUUUCCACUUCCACAAUCCAGGGUCAGUUGGCGGUCUAGAUGUCCAGCAGGGAUGUGGCAUCCACGCCAUUGAGCUGAACCCCUCUCGUACAUUGUUGGCUACUGGAGGAGACAACCCCAACAGCCUGGCAGUGUACAGACUUCCCACUCUUGACCCUGUCUGCGUCGGGGAUGAUGGACACAAUGACUGGAUAUUCUCUAUUGCAUGGAUCAGUGACACCAUGGCAGUCUCAGGAUCUCGUGACGGUUCCAUGGGUCUGUGGGAGAUAUCAGAGGAGGUGCUGACUCAGGCCGAGAAGUGUCAGAAUGUGGAAGGUGUUCCUUGUUACUCCCACAUCUCUCACCGCGCUCUCAAAGACAUCCCGAAAGAGUACACUCACCCCUACAACUGCAAAGUGCGCGCACUGGCCUUCAACAACAGCCAUAAGGAGUUGGGUGCUGUUUCUUUAGAUGGAUAUUUCCAUCUGUGGAAGGCAGAAGACAACCUGUGCAAGGAGCUUUCUACCAAACUCCCUUACUGUAAGGAGAAUGUGUGUUUAGCAUAUGGUCUGGACUGGUCUGUUUAUGCAGUCGGCUCUCAGGCACACGUUUCCUUCCUUGACCCCCGGCAGUCAUCUCAGAACAUCAAAUCCGUGAGCUCCAGGGAGCGUGGCAGUGGUAUUCGCUCUGUGAGCUUCUAUGAACACAUAGUGACGGUAGGCACUGGCCAAGGUUCCCUGCUCUUCUACGAUAUCAGGGCCCAGCGUUUUCUGGAUGGUCCAUCCAGCUCACCCGGCGGGUACCGGAAUCGCACAGCAGAGGGCAUCCUGAAACUCAACACAGGGAGAGGAUGGCUGAAUCACGACGAAACAUGGAGAAGCUACUUUUCCGACGUCCACUCCUUCCCGAACGCCAUAUACACACACUGCUACGACGACUCCGGCACCAAACUCUUCGUGGCUGGCGGCCCCCUGUGUUCUGGCCUACACGGAAACUACGCUGGCCUCUGGAGCUAACCUCCAUCAUCCCUCCAUUUUGCUCUCACGUACCAUGUGCUUACAGGCCAUCUUCCAUUUUUCUUCUCACUCUUUUUCACUUCCGUUUUAGCUUCUAUCCAAGAUUAUCCUCUAUUUCUCAAAGGACUCAGGAGCAUGGAUGUGAUUCUCAACCGUUUUUGUGCUUGGUCUUAUGUCUUUUGAUUUUCAUUUGCCUGUUGUACUCCUGAAUUUACAUGUGUGUGUUUUUUUUUUUUUUUGUGUGUGUGUGUGUGUGUGUGUG